AUGACCUAUAGCGCUGAAAUCGAGCAAUUGGUGGCUCUGGGCUCCAAGGCAUACGCUCUGAAGCACUACGAGAGCGCCACCGAGACUCUGGGCCAGGCGUGUGAGAAGUACAGUGACGAGACUGGCAAGGAAGAUGGUCAUUUACUGUUUCUUUACGGUCGGGCUCUUUUCCAGGCCGGAGUGAGUUCUUCCAAUGUUCUUGGCGGCGGAGAAAACCCCGGAGAGACUACUGGCGAGGAAGUUGAGGUUCCUGUGAAGUCUUCUGGAGCUUUUCAGUUUGAAGAGGCUCCAGAGGAGGUCGAAGAAGUUGAAGAGGUCGAAGAGGAGGUUUCUGAAAGCAAGGGAAAGGAAAAGGCUGAAGAAGGUGAUGCGGGGGAGGCAGAAGAGGAAGGAGAAGAUGAGGAAGCUCCUCAGACUGAUUUUGAGGUGGCUUGGGAAGUCACUGAUCUGGCCAGAAAGUUGUUUGAAGAUGAACUUGCCGAGGAGGGGGUUUCAGCGGAGCGGAUCACAGAGAUUGAGAAACAGCUGGCCGAGGUGUACGACAUCCUGGGCGAGAUUUCUCUCGAGUCUGAGAACUUCAACCAGGCCGUGGUAGAUCUGGGACGGUCGGUAGAGCUCAAGGAUAAACACAAUGAGUUCCAAUCAACUGUCAUGAGUGAGGCUCAUUACAAGUACUCUCUGGCCCUCGAGUUUUGUCCCGAGGACUCGGCCAACAAGCAAAAGGCCGUGGAUCAGAUGAUUCUGGCAAUUGACUCGGUGAAGAAGCGAAUUGCCAUGACUGGCGAGAAAGACGACGAUCUAGUGUCUGAUUUGGAGAUUCGGCUCAAAGAUCUCAAGGCCAUUGCCAAGGGUCAGGCUGACUUCGAUGCCAAGAAACAGGCCGUCAUGGAAGGUAUUCUGGGUAACUCUUCUGAUGAUGUUGUCAAGAACAUUAUGGCUGCUGCAGGUGUCGGCGGAUCAGGAGAGAAGCAGGUUAACGACCUGUCUGGAUUGGCUGUUCGAAAGAAGGCCCCAAAGCGAGUUGCUCCUGUGGCCGUAGAGGAUGAACAGAGUGGAGAGAAGAAAGCCAAGGUGGAGGAGAAGGCUGCUGAGGAGACUGAAGAGAAGAAAGAGUAG